AGAUGUCGGUGUCCUAUCCCCAGGAAUUUCGCGUCUGUGCACAACCUAGUCUCAAUUUGCUUGAUGUUGGAAUAAGUUUUGUGUAUAAAGGAUAAAGUGGGAAUUGGGAAGGGAACAAUUUAUAAACAAUCCCCAGCAGCCGACUGUUUAUUAUAACAAUAGUGCACAAGUUUUUUAUUCAUUGAUUUAGAUAUUUUAAAUUAUAAGGACCAACUUAAGACCAUCAUGACCAGAUAAGUGAUGAAUUUUUAAAAUGGUAUUGAGUCGAAAUGAUAAAAGGAAAAGAAAAGAAGGAGAUCUCGUGGACCUCAUGGAUCCAUUGUCGGAUUCACCAAAAAGAACCAAAAUUCAUGCACAAAGAAAAUUUGCACAGGGAGCUGCAACAUUUUACAGUCCUUCCACUACACCUGUUAAAGAAAAGGAGAAAGAAAAAUCAAAACCAGCUGCUAUUAAUGAAUUGAUAAGUCACAAGCGACCGAAUACAGAAGAUUUUCUGACAUUUCUAUGUUUCAGAGGAACAUCUAUAUUACCAUCAAGUUUGAAUUUUUUCAACGUUUGCGCAAAGAAAGAUAAAGGCGAUUUAAAAUCCAUCAAAGCUUCAAAGGCGAGUCCUUCUUCCAGUUCGAAACCAAGACCCACUGAUUCCGCAAAAUCUGAUCCGUCCCAAAAAGCAACUAAAUCAAAAAAUAAUGUGUCCGUUAAAAAAGAAUUUCCCAAUGGAUUAAAAAAUACAAUUAAAUUUAAAACGAAAACGUCAACAGUACAAGCGCUAAAAAGAAAAUAUCAAGAACAGCGAUUGGCGAAGCAGCGAAUUAAAAAUAAAAUCAAGACAUCAUAUGUGAUACGAACUCGUUCGAAUUCGGAGAAAAAUGUCGAAAAAUCAUUGAGCAAAUUGUCAUCGAGAAAAUUUGUCACGAAACCAGAAAAAAGUAAACGACAUGGUCUUCGUAGUGGCGGACUCAUUGAACAGGUUUGCAAUCCGAAAAUUAUUCCCAAAAAUAAACGAUCGAUAAAACCACAGAAAAAAGGAUUUGGAAAAAAUAAAAAUAAUUCAAAGGAUGAUUAUCUAGAUUCGGAUUCAGGUUCAAAUGAUGAAGAAUUAAAAUUGGCACAAAAUAAUAAGAAAAUUGGAAAAUCAGUGCCAAAGAAAAUUUGCACAAGAAAAACAGAAUUACGUCGAGUGACACGAUCAUUUGUUGAAACAAAAUCGACGCAAAAUCUUUCACGAAGACCAACAAGAAAAACAAAAGAGGCCGCUGCAGUUUACAUGGAAAUUUUGGGCCGAAAACUAGUCAGUCCCGAUUUAGAGAAUGACGACGAUAUUUCACUCGAUAGUUUUCCCGAAUUACCAAAUUCGCGACGCAUUUUAAAAGAGGAAUUUGAGAUCAAGGAAAAAGUCAAACAGAAUGCAAAAUCAGCUGCCAAAGAAAAGGAAAUCAAAGUCGAAAGUACUGUCAGCAGCAAGAGAAUUGACAAACUUCGAACUGUCAAAACUGUUUUAAAGAGUAAACGAAUAGUAAAAGUUCAUAAAUAUUGUGAACUUGAAACUGACGAGGAGAGUGAAAUUUCGUGUGAUAGUGAAAAAAGUGGCAAAACAAGACCAAUGACUCGACGAAGUUUAAAUAAGACAAAUAAACCCGCGAACAGAAGUUUAAGAUCAUCGUCAAGAAAUCUUUCCGUUAAAGUUCAAGUUGAAAGUUGCGAAGUUCGCAAGUAUAUAGGCAAAAAGGAAGUUAAAAAGGAGAAAAUUGUAUUGAAGAGAAAACGCGAACAGAUCGAAGAAAAGAAUGUGGAUAAGAAAGAGGAAACUCCAAAAAAUGAAGAAACACAAGAUAUUGAAACCCCGAAGAACAAGAAGGAGGGAAAUUUAAAGAGUGAUAUAGAUAAUAAAAAGAAUGAUGGCAAAGAAGAAAUCAAGAAGCUCAAGAAAGUUGAGGAUAAGGAAAAAGAAAUUAAAAUCGAAACAGACGAAUUAAAACAGGAAAUUAAAAAUAGUGAAAAAGAUAUUAAAGAAGAAUCCGAUGAAGAAACACUUUGUUCACUUCUCAGUAAAAUAAAACGAAAACGUGAAUCUGAUGAUGAAUUGAGUAAACCAAUUAAAAUUCUCAAAGAGGUAAAAGACUCAAAAAUGUCCGAUGACGAGGAAUCAUUCCGUGGAUUCACGAAAAAGGCAAUUUCAAAGGUACUAGAUACAUGUCAAUCUCAUGUGAAUUCAAAUCUUUUAGUAACCGAGAGUAUUGAAUCAAAAUCCGUUCAAGUCUCAUCAAUUUCCCCCUUGGAAUCCACUAAGGACUUGGACAAAUCUCAAAAUCAAGAAAAUCCCACAAUAAUUCCAUUCGAGAAAUUAAUUGUUAUCGAGCCAAAUGAAACACUCGAAAAAGAUGACGUUGAAAAGCAAGAUCAAAAUACAAACAAGCCGGACAAUGAAAUCAAGAUUAUUGACAUGCCAUCAACAACAACUGUUGGCCGAAAAGAACGUGUCAACAUGUCAGCCGAACAAAUUGAAAAAUGGCUCACUGAGAGUUCCAUUGCAAAAGAAGAGAAUAAAGUCGAAUUGGACACAACUUACAAUUACGAAAACACAACUGAGAAGCCAAAAGUCUCUCAUCAUUUAUCAAUUUCCUCAAAAAUACAACAUCUAGUAAGACCAGUUAACGUCACAUUAGCUAAACUUCACGAUAAAUCGAAAGCACAAAAAAUUGUACUUAAUACACAAACUAGUCCCAUUAAACCGAGUAGUUCAUUAAUUGUAAAAAACAAAGAAAGCGAGCCAAAGGAACAAACAGCAAUGAACAAAAUUUCAAAUUUAAAAACGAACAAAGAAUCGCCAAUUGUCGAUGAUGAUAUUGUUUCCAAAUCGGAUCAAAAUUCACCCGACGAUACACCAUCAUCGGAGAAAAAGUGUCAGGAUAAGAAAAUUCUACCCCAACCGAGGAAAUUGUUCCUACCAAAGGUUAAAGAGCGAAAAGUCACGACACCAAGUGCAAAUGCUUUUUCACCUGAGAAUGAAAGUAGCGUUUACGCAUUCGAAAGUGACACGGAAACACCAAUCAGCACGCCAUUUCGACGAAAAAGCAAACCACCAUCGCCAUCGAACAAACUUCAAGAUUCCAAUAAAGAUUGUACUGAAAAGAAUGAUGUUCAAUCUCCCGAAAUUGAUAAUAAAGUUGCCGAGAAAAAAGAAGAGUUAAAUUCCACAAAAAUCAAUACAAACGAUUUAAAAGGUUUUCCAAAUUUAGCCAACAUACAAGUCCUUUCACUUGAUAAAUUAACGACAAAUUGGAGUAAUGUCAAUUGUAGUGCAUCCAUUGCCGUACAGGUAAAUCUUGACGAUCAAAAUCAAAAGACUCAAAAUCCAGAUGACGAUAAUAGUCAACAAAAAAGUACCGAGAUAUCAACACAAACUGAAGGAUCAAAUGACAAUGAUGACGAUAAUGAUGGACAACUAUUUUACAUUCCAUUGCAAGCGGUCACAAGAAAUGGAUCAAAUUUGGUGCAAGGUCAACAAUUAAUACAAGGAGUUGCUGUUAAAUUGGGAACCGAGGGUCCAACAGGACCUAAUCAACGUGUUUUAUUGAAGGCGAAACUCGUGACAAAACCAACAUUAACCGUGGCACGUGUUCCUCCAGUUGGAACAGUUCAACCAACAGCACGAGCGCCGCCAAUUGCCUCUACUUCCAGCGCUGAAAAUCCAAUCGCAUCGACUUCGUCAUUAAUUUCAAAUUCACAAAUUCUUCCAAUUAAUAAGGAUUCUCAAAGUACAAGCACUACCAUCGGAACGGAGAAAAUUGCCAAAAUCACAAAAGUACCGCGUGAGCGAAAAAUGUCAGUUGAAUCUGCUAAACUUGGAAAAAGAUUCCAAGGCAAGUCAAAGCAGAAAAUUGUUGAAGUUUGCACGCCAAUAAAUACGACAACAUUUCCAGGGACAAAAGAUCCAAAUGAAGAGGCACGCCUCGUGGAAGCACCGACAUUUCAUCCAUCGGAGAAAGAUUUUCAGGAUCCUCUCGAGUAUAUCGAUAAAAUACGUCCGAUUGCUGAGAAAUUUGGCAUAUGUCGCGUAAUUCCACCUCCAAAUUUUAAACCUGAAUGUAAAGUAUCGGACGAUAUGCGAUUUACUGCCUAUAAUCAAUAUGUACAUCGAAUGCUUCAUCGUUGGGGACCCAAUGUCAAAGAAAUGAUGGCAAUUCGCAAAUAUUUGGCAACACAAAGUAUAACAUUGAAUCAUCCGCCCUGGAUCGGUGGAAUGGAAGUUGAUCUUCCUCAUUUAUACCAAACAGUUCAAAGUCUUGGUGGCUUGAAGGAAGUUAUUGAAAAGAAAAAAUGGCAAAAAGUUGCCGACGGAAUGAAAAUACCACGAUCUGCUCAGGACCGCGUUACCAAAUUGGAUGAUAUUUACUGCAAAUAUUUAUUGCCAUACGAUACACUUUCGCAGGGCGAAAGGGACAAAUUAUUUGAGGAGGUAGAAUUAGAAUGGGCAAAUAGAGAAGCCAAAGCAAUGUUGAGAUUGGAGUCACAGUCAAAUGAUAAUGAUGAUGAGGAGGAUGAUGAUAGCUCGGAGGAAAUUGAGGAAUGUAUCGUUAAAGGACGAAAUAUGCCGCUUAAUGCAUUUUAUCGAAUUGCGAGGAAUACACAGAGAAUGUGGUUCGCUGAUAAUCAACGAUCGUUGAAUGAAAUUGAAGGAGCCUCAGCGUCUGAGGUUGAAGCUGCAUUUUGGAAACAUGUCACUGAGAGAAAACGUCAUGUUUGUGUUCACGCGGCCAGUAUUGAUUCCAGUGGUCGUGGAUUUGGAUUUUCCGUCGCCAAGAACAGUCCCUUUGCACGACAUCCUUGGAAUUUAAAAGUUCUCACCAAUAAUGCUGGAUCUGUGCUCAGAGCAUUGGGACCAUUAAUGGGUGUGACAGUGCCGACACUACAUGUGGGAAUGUUGUUCAGCGCUUGUUGUUGGUAUCGUGAUCCCCAUGGACUGCCUUGGAUAGAAUAUUUGCAUACUGGUGGGAAAAAAAUUUGGUACGGCAUUCCCGAUGAGCAUAAUAAUAAUUUUAGAAAUGCACUUGCAAAAAUGGUGCCACGAUAUUGCAAAAACAAAACUAUUUGGCUACCAUCUGAUACUGCCAUGGUACCACCAGAAUUGCUCGUGAAAAAUGGAGUUCCAUUGUGUCAAACUGUUCAGGAACCUGGACAAUUUAUUGUUGUAUUUCCAAAAGCAUUUACUUCUAGCAUUUGCACCGGAUAUGUUGUCUCAGAAAGUGUUUAUUUUGCUCAAUCACCUUGGCUUGAAGCCGCAGAACAAGUUUUCAAGGAUAUACAAGAUAGUUGCGAACCAUCUAUAUUUUCUUUGGAGAAAUUACUCUUCAGUAUUAUUAAUGAUUCGAGGUCACAUAUUGAAGUUUUGAAACAGAUAUUGCCAACAGUAAAAAGAGUUUGCGAGAGAGAAAUUGAUUUUCGUAGGCAAUUGAAAGGAUUGGGUUUGACUAAUACGGAAAAACUACCAACGCCUGAAAGUUGCAAAAGAGGAAAAAGCAAGAAAGUGAAAGAAGAGGACGGUGAUUUUGAAUGUGAAACUUGUCGAUCUAAUUUAUUUGUCUCAUUAGUUAAUAAUUCUCAAGAUGAUAGUAUGUAUUGUCUUCCACACGCGAUUCAACUUUUAACUAGGAAAAAACAGAUAAUGAAAAAUUGUGUUCUUAUGAUUACAUAUAGUGAGGAUGAACUGGAUGAUUUAAUUCACAAACUAGAAGACAGAAUUGAAGCAAAAUCCAAGAAAAAUUACUCAUUUAAGCAAAAUAAGUAGAAAUUUCUUUUUAGACAUUAAUUUUCAGAUUGCAAUUUCUAUUUGCCUUCUAUUAAAUAUGAAAUUGUCGAAAGUUUUCAAGUUGAAAUUUUUCCAUAGACUGAUUGAAAUUGACUGGGAAAUUAUGUAUAUGGAUAUAUUAAUUUCAUAGUCUAUACAAAACUUAGAAUUAGUUUUUAAUUGGUGCCAAAUGAUUGAAAUGAGAUUAUAAUCGUAAUCAAUAUAUGAUUAUACUUUUUCUAGUAUAUACUUUGUUGUAUAUUUUAGAAAAUAUUAACUGAUAGAAAUUUAAAGAAAAGAAGUAUUCAUAGUAAAGAAAAUAGCGAAAGUAUUAAUGCAUUCGAAACUUAUUGGUUUCGAAUGAUGUAUCGUAGUGUGCCUGCAAUAUAUAUAUAUUAUAUAUAUAUUUUUUUUGUCAAAGUAGAGAAUUUAUGUAAGAUUUUCCAUGUAACUUCUCAGUAUCGAGUCACUGCCGUGUUUUUUUUUUUCGUGUGCUUUACCAAAGGACAGCCUUGACUUUUUUUAAGGCUGCAAUAACAAAAUAGUAAAUUGUAUAAAUAGUAUAAAUAGUAAAUUGUAUCGAAAUUGUAAGAACCUUUUUUUCCUCUUGAAAUAUAUGGCCUUAAAUGUU